AUGUCUAACAACGACAAUGUGAUGGCGCGCUUCCUAUUUGCGAUCCUGCAGCAGAAGUGCUUGAAGGAUAUUGAUUGGAAUAAGGUGGCCCAUAAUCCAGUCCUCGCUCAAGAGAUCACCAACGGCCAUGCUGCCCGCAUGAGGUACUCGCGGUUCCGCGCAGCCAUGCUAGGUCUAGAGCCUCAGCGUCGUAACCGCACGAAUGCCAACAAGAAUCGUGUAUCGAAGAAGAAAAAAGAUGACAAACCACGGCCGAAGAAGGAUGACGAAGACGAAGAAGGCAGGGCUAGCGGUAGCGGGAUUGGUAACAUUAAAGCCGAAAAGGCCCCUGACCCGGGCAUCAAAGUUGAGAAAAAGAGCAUCAGCCAUAUUCCCACCAAGCCAUUCCGACAUCCAGCAUCGGUGGCGUCACCAGCCAUGGUGAAGCCCGAGCCGGGCCUCGUCAACCUUUUCAACCAUCUCCAACAGCCUUCGGCCCUUUCGACGACCUCCGCCCAUAUCAAGCAGGAGAACAUUCCAAUCACGAACACCCCAAGUACCACGAUCCAUACAACCUCGGCGAUGCCCGAACCCGCACCGUUCGGUGUCCACAACGCGACUCCUUCGACCUCACCCUCGAUGACUUCUACUCCCUACGACAACCGGAUGCAGAUGCGUCUUCUUACACCCUGCAGUGACUCGGACGGCACGCUCACCACUAUGCAAGGCUUCAUCUCCCACAGCCCGCCGCCGCCCGACAUGCUUCAUUCUAGCCAACACCAUUCGCAUCCUCAUCACCACCUGGCGGGCGCUGGGUCUCCACCCUUAUCAGCGGCAGCCCCUUCACCAUACGAUUUCUCGCAACACCAGCUGCUUUGCGACACCACAGCCGCCGGAUCAUCGAGCCCCUGGCACUCGCAGCAGCAUCUCCACCACCACCAUUCUUCUCAUGCCCACCAUGACAGCCAGCCCCAGACCCAAGGCCUUUCGGCGAUGUUCUCACCCACUCCGACAUUUUCCUUCACAGGCGGCAUUUUUGGCCUAGAGGGGGGUUUCGCCAACACCGGUAACAAUGGAACUAACAACAACAACAACAACAACCCCUUUUGUGGCAGCGAUCAUCACUUCCAAACCCAACCCCGACCACACCAAAACCAACACCACCACCAUCAUUCCGUAAGCGAUAAGGACGGCCAUCACAUCAUAGAUGACCCGUUGGGGCUGCAGCUGGGUAUGGGCAUCGACGCCACGCCCAGUUUGUUCCGCGAGAAGGAGCUAGAGCUGGAGAUGAGCCGUAAUGGGACCAGAAACGGGAACAGCACGGGUGAUAAUGUCAACGCCAACGGCCUGGCCCGGGGGGGUUGGGACGGGGAGAGGCUGGGGAUUUGA